AUGAAAAUAUUCAUGCAAAAAUGUCUUUCGCCUCUGAAUGUUCAACAUCUUCUAAGAAGAGCUAACGUUUAUAACAAUCAUUAUCGACUGUUUUCAUUUUCAUCUACCAGACGAUCGAAUGAAGUCGAACCUCCGAAGUUUCGAAUUGAUCUACCUGGCGUCGAAAACUAUGGUUUUGAAGGCGAAUCAUCGUUUAUGAGAUGUAGAUACGGAGCGGUUACUUCCGAUUCCGAGGAAGCGUCAGUAGUGGGAAGACGUAUUUUAAAUCUCGGCGGUUCAGCGGUUGAUGCUGCUAUCGCUGUUCUCCUUUGUGUUGGUGUACAUAACUGUCAUUCAACUGGUAUCGGUGGAGGAUUUCUGAUGAAUAUUUAUGAUAUUGAAAAAAAGGAAUGUAUAGCAAUUGAUGCACGUGAGGCAGCGCCAUCGAAUGCACAUCAGCGUAUGUUUAUUGACGGCAAUCCACCACCAUCAUCUGUAUCCGGUGCUGUAGCGAUUGGAAUUCCAGGCGAAAUCGCUGGAUUCUGGGCGGCACAUAAGAAAUAUGGUAAACUUCCAUGGUCAGCUUUAUUUCGACCAGCUAUUGAUAUGUGCAGGGAUGGUAUUGCCAUACGCAAAGCAUUAGCUUUUACGAUACUAAAAAUGAAAGAUCAAUUAUGGGCGGAUAAAUCUAUGCGACGAGUUUUUUUUAAAGGUGACUCUGACGUUGUGUACGGUUUAGGGGAUACUAUUUAUCGGCCACGUCUCGGUCGAACCUUAGCGAUCAUCGCUGAGAAAGGUCCAAGUGCCUUCUAUCAAGGUGAAUUAUCAGAAGCUAUCUGCGAUGAACUUCAAUCACGCGGAGGAAUUAUCAAUCGACAAGAUCUUGAAACAUACCAUGCACGAGUCAAACCUGCUAUUAGUGUUGAACUGUCAAACAAUUACACAGCCUAUGGUGUUCCACCACCUGCUAGUUCUGCUAUAACACUACUCAUUCUCAAGGUCAUGGACGGUCUGCGAUUGACACCACAAUCGUUAGAUUCGGAUGAGAAACAGAUCAAAUUCUAUCAUACACUGGUAGAAGUAUUUAAAUUUGCUUAUGGUAAACGAUCAGCAUUAGGCGAUGAAUACGAUUCGCAAACUGAGAAAAAUCUAGAUAUCGAACGAUUGCUUCAACUUAUUCUCUCUCCGGAAUAUGCUACAGAAAUUCGUGAACGUAUCAACGAAAACAAAGUGCAACCACUGAAUUACUACGAGCCAAUGUUUGAAAUUCAAACCGAUCACGGCACCAGUCAUUGCUCAGUUAUCGAUUCGGGUGGAAAUGCUGUCGCGGCAACGAGCACUAUAAACACGGAUUUCGGUGCACUUGUUUAUGGACAUAAUACUGGUAUCAUUUAUAACAAUCAAAUGGAUGAUUUUUCUCAACCGGGCUUGUCGAACUAUUAUGGUUAUGCACCAAGUCCGGCAAAUUUCAUUAAGCCUUUCAAACGACCCAUGUCAUCGAUGAGUCCGAUCCUCGUCACAGAUUCCAGUGGUGAUGUUAUCUUUACUGCUGGUGGCUCUGGUGGUAGUCGAAUCAUUUCCUCUGUAUCACAAGUUGCUAUCUAUAAUCUCUGGCUUGGAAAAAGUAUUCGAGAUGCUGUCGACAUGCCCCGCUUGCAUCAACAACUCAUUCCAAUGGAACUCGAACUCGAAAAGCGCUUUCCCGUGAAUGUCGUUCACGGUUUGUUGGGGAAAGGUCAUACAAUAUCUGGCUUUCGUGGCGGAUGUGUGGUUCAAGCAAUCGAACGCCGUCACGCAAACGAAUUGUGGGCAGUAAGUGAUGCUCGAAAGGGUGGCGCACCUGAUGGGGUUGGUUAUACAAAUUUGACAAAAAGAUUAAAUAAUUGGAUGCGGCGAACAUUCAAUCUGAGCAAGGCACGUCGGCUACUUGAACAAGAAAUCGAAAAAGGAAAAUUAUUAACACCAAAAUAA